AUGCCGAACGGAGAGACCCCCAAAAUGCCGGGGCCCGAGGAGGAGCUGGUGCCCCCACCGCCCAGCCAGCCCCCGCCGCCCCCUCCCGGACCCCCGCCACCCUCUCCGCCCAGCCCCAGACCCCGGCUGAUCUUCCACACCCAGCUAGCCCACGGGAGCCCCACGGGCCGGAUACACAGCUUCACCAACGUCAAGGAGCUCUACGGCAAGAUCGCUGAGGCCUUCGCCAUCUCCCCCUCCGAGAUCCUGUUCUGCACACUCAACUCACACAAAGUGGACAUGCAGAAGCUGCUUGGGGGACAGAUUGGCCUGGAGGACUUCAUCUUUGCCCACGUGAGGGGUGACGCCAAGGAGGUGGAGGUCACCAAGACAGAGGACGCCCUGGGCCUGACCAUCACGGAUAACGGGGCGGGAUACGCGUUCAUCAAGAGGAUAAAGGAGGGCAGCACCAUCGACCGCCUGAAGGCCGUCUGCGUGGGCGACCACAUCGAGGCCAUCAACGAGCAGAGCAUUGUGGGAUGCCGGCACUACGAGGUGGCCAAGAUGCUGAAAGAACAGAGCAGAGGAACGCCCUUCACGCUCAGGCUGGUGGAGCCCAAGAAGGCCUUCGACAUGAUUGGACAGAGGACGCGGGCGCCCAAGUCCAGCGAGGGGAAGCUGGCGAGCGGGCGGGAGACUCUGCGGCUGAGGUCCAAAGGCACCGCCACCGUACAGGAAGUGCCGAACGAGUUUGAAGAGAGGGCGACCAAGAAGGUGGACGACCUGCUGGAGAGCUACAUGGGUAUCCGGGACCCGGAGCUGGCUAUCACCAUUGUGGAGGCAGGUAAAGACAAGAAGAAUCCUGACGACUUUGCAGAGGCCCUGGACUCGGUCCUGGGGGAUUUCGCCUUCCCUGACGUCUUCCUGUACGACGUGUGGGGCGCUAUAGGGGACGUGAAGAACGGGCGACUGUAG